AUGGCUAGCCACGGCGCCCCGCGCACCCAGUCCGUCCAGCACCGCUCAGAGCAGCAGAAGCAGAAGGAGCUCGACCAAAUAGAGAAAUACAACGAGCUGGUCUCCCAAGUCAACGCGAAAGCAAGCAAGCACAAUGCCCCUGUCUCACCCCAGCACGUGCGACUGACUGGCCUCGUGCAGAUUGCUGAGAGGCAAUACACCACCGAAUCGCUGGCCCAGGUGUCCAAACUCCUCGCCCAGAACCCCGAGUACUACACCGUAUGGAACCACCGUCGCUUGAUUCUCGAGCACAUCUUCAAAGACGCCCUAGCAUCGCCCCCGUCGGCGGAAGAGGGACUCUCAUCUGGCCAGCAGCUGGUUUUCGACCACAUCACCGGUGACCUCCAGUUUCUCGUCCCUCUCAUCCUGAAAUACCCGAAGUGCUAUUGGAUAUGGAACCAUAGGAUAUGGUUGUUGCAGCAGUCUACCGAGUUGUUGCCUACCGGCUAUGCCCGGCGCUUGUGGCAGGAAGAGCUCGGUCUGGUCGGCAAGAUGCUGAGCCGGGAUAGUCGCAACUUCCACGGCUGGAACUAUAGAAGACUCGUCGUCCUGAAUCUGGAAGAGCUGCCAGCCCAAGACACCAAGAGUGCGAGCAUGGUCGAGCCCGAGUUCGAGUACACCACGAAGAUGAUCAAGACCAACCUGUCCAACUUUUCCGCCUGGCAUAACCGCAGCAAACUGAUCCCCCGUCUGCUGGAUGAACGCAAUGCAGACGGCGCGGCGCGUCGGAAGUUCAUGAAGUCAGAGCUCGAGCUCAUUCAAGGAGCCUUGUACACGGACCCCUACGACCAAUCUUUGUGGUUUUACCACACCUUCCUCAUGGCCACCCUCGACCAAGACAGCCCUCGCAAUGCGCGUAUCGUUCUGGAUGUCGAUGACGGAUUGCGGGUCGCCUAUUUGCAAGAGGAGCUUGACAGCAUCAGAGAAAUGCUUGAUGGAGCAGAAGACUGCAAGUGGAUCUAUCAGGCUCUGCUGGAGACCGCGGCAGCACUGAAGGUGGCGAAACAAGAAGACGCUGGUCUCGCCACCGAGAUGACUGAAUGGUUGUCUCAAUUGAGGAAGCUUGAUCCUCUCCGCUCAGCACGGUGGGAAGAUCUUAGCAAAAAGCUGAAGCUUUAG